AUGAGUGACAAGAAAAAACCUGAUGAAAAAACCGAAAAAAAUAAACCUGUCGUUCAAGAAGAAGCUUCAUCGAACAUAGUCAGACCAUCAUUUCUUGCACUUGACUCAGUAACACAAAAUACAGUUGAUCCAGUUGUUCAGGAAGAAGUAAAGAACGAUAUAGUACCCGAUACAAUCCGAUCUUCAUUUCUUGAGACAGAUAACUUAUCUGUAAUGAAUAAAAAUGAUCCAGUGGAUCGGGAGGAAGUUAAGAAGGAUGCUGUAUUGGAUCAAGAGAAAGUGAGAAGUAACGAGGAACCAGUUACUAAAAAAGCAAAACUGUCCAAGUCUAAAUUGUCAUUAUCGGAAAAAUUGAGCAAACGAGGGAAAAAAUCUGGAUUAAUAACUUUUCCUGGCACAGAAGAAACGAAAAUCGACUUCACUGAAUUCGUUCACGUCAAAAAUCUUGGAUGUGGUUUGACAAGCUCUGUUGAUAUGUACAAUUACAAGGAAAAAACCUUGGCACUAAAAAAAGUCAGUCGGGUCGAUAAUGUUCAAAACAUCAAUUGUUUCCUCAAAGAACUAAAAGUGUUCAAAAGGAUGAAAAAAGAAAUGGCGAGCUCCAAAUUUUUGAUUGAAUCGUAUGGUUACUUUUUUGUAGAGACGAACAUGUUCCUGGUCUUAGAAUUUAUGGAUACGUCAUUGGAGAGUCUUCUUGCGAGAAAUGAGGCGAUUCCUGGUCCGGUUGUCCGGAAUUUUUCCUUCUAG